CCGCUCUCGCGCUCCUUCUCCCCCCCUCUCCCCCCCACCCGCCUCCCUGUCAGUGCGGUGGCUGCGCUGGGAAACAUGGCGUCGGAGGGGAUGAUUUUAACGAACCACGACCACCAAAUCCGCGUCGGGGUCCUCACAGUGAGCGAUAGUUGCUUCAGGAAUCUUGCAGAGGAUCGUAGUGGGAUAAACCUUAAAGACCUCGUCCAAGAUCCUUCUUUGCUGGGGGGAACUGUGUCUGCAUACAAGAUAGUACCAGAUGAAAUAGAAGAAAUCAAGGAGACACUGAUAGACUGGUGUGAUGAAAAGGAACUUAACUUGAUUUUAACAACUGGAGGAACAGGGUUCGCACCAAGGGAUGUCACACCAGAGAAAUUCCCAACAUUCCCAUUUUGUGGGCUCCAGAGAGGGGCUACUAAAGAAGUAAUAGAACGAGAGGCCCCAGGGAUGGCCUUGGCAAUGCUGAUGGGAUCACUUAAUGUUACACCUCUGGGCAUGCUCUCUAGACCUGUAUGUGGAAUCAGAGGGAAAACUCUCAUAAUUAAUCUUCCAGGUAGCAAGAAAGGGUCACAGCAUUUUCAGGAAGAAACUGGGGGAUGGUGUGCUCCCCCUCCCCUCAGCAUGAGUGAAGGUGAGGGAAACCAUUGGUUAAGGGGAGUGGGAAGCAAGCCUCGUGCUCUUGAAGAAACUCUGGAAGAUAUCUCAGCUGGCCUGCACAUGCUGAUUUCCCAUUUGUGUGACUGCACAGAGAGCCACUCAGAUUAUGAGAUACAGGAAUGCUUUCAGUUUAUACUGCCAGCCCUACCUCAUGCCAUUGACCUUUUACGGGAUGCCAUUGUAAAAGUAAAAGAGGUACAUGAUGAACUUGAAGAUCUACCUUCACCACCACCACCUCUUUCUCCUCCUCCAACCAUCAGCCCACACAAGCAGACAGAAGACAAAGGUGUACAGUGUGAGGAAGAGGAGGAAGAGAAAAAAGAUAGUGGAGUUGCUUCAACAGAGGAUAGUUCCUCCUCGCAUAUAACUGCUGCAGCCAUUGCAGCUAAGAAGCAUCCAUCCUACACCAGUUCUGCUGUUAUCAUGGCAAAAGGUGAACAUCCCAUUCCUGGUCUCAUCUGUUAUUCCCAUCACGCAGCAGGCAGUGCAGGAAAACCGAUUCCAGAUUCCAUCAUAUCUCGUGGUGUUCAGGUGCUUCCACGAGACACAGCCUCACUUAGCACUACUCCUUCGGAAUCUCCUCGUGCCCAGGCCACCUCUCGCCUCUCCACUGCUUCCUGCCCAACACCAAAACAAAUUAGACGCCCGGAUGAAAGCAAAGGAGUUACUAGUAGAGUUGGAUCCCUCAAAGUCCAGUCCAGGUGCAGCAGUAAGGAGAACAUCCUCAGAGCCAGUCAUAGUGCCGUAGACAUUACAAAGGUAGCAAGAAGACACCGUAUGUCUCCAUUUCCAUUAACAUCUAUGGACAAAGCCUUCAUCACGGUGCUGGAGAUGACCCCAGUACUUGGAACAGAAAUAAUAAAUUAUCGAGAUGGGAUGGGCAGAGUCCUUGCCCAAGAGGUUUAUGCAAAAGACAACCUACCACCCUUUCCAGCUUCAGUAAAAGAUGGCUAUGCUGUCAGAGCUGCUGAUGGACCUGGGGAUCGUUUUAUCAUUGGGGAAUCCCAAGCUGGCGAGCAACCAACUCAGACUGUAAUGCCUGGUCAGGUAAUGCGAGUUACAACUGGUGCUCCAAUACCCUGUGGUGCUGAUGCUGUGGUGCAAGUGGAAGACACAGAACUCAUCAGGGAAUCAGAUGACGGCACUGAAGAACUUGAAGUACGCAUUCUGGUGCAGGCUCGACCAGGCCAAGAUAUCAGACCAAUAGGCCAUGACAUUAAAAGAGGUGAAUGUGUGCUGGCCAAGGGAACCCACAUGGGUCCGUCAGAGAUAGGCCUUCUAGCAACUGUUGGAGUAACAGAAGUUGAAGUUAACAAGUUUCCAGUAGUUGCAGUAAUGUCUACAGGGAAUGAACUAUUGAAUCCUGAAGAUGACCUAUUACCAGGAAAGAUUAGAGACAGCAAUCGUUCAACUCUUCUAGCAACAAUUCAAGAACAUGGGUACCCAACAAUCAACUUGGGGAUUGUGGGAGAUAAUCCAGAUGAUUUACUUAAUGCCUUGAAUGAGGGAAUCAGUCGUGCUGAUGUCAUCAUCACAUCAGGAGGCGUGUCCAUGGGGGAAAAGGACUAUCUUAAACAGGUGCUGGAUAUUGAUCUUCACGCUCAGAUUCACUUUGGCAGGGUUUUUAUGAAACCAGGGUUGCCAACCACCUUUGCAACUUUGGAUAUUGAUGGUGUAAGAAAAAUAAUUUUUGCACUUCCAGGGAAUCCUGUGUCAGCUGUUGUUACCUGCAAUCUUUUUGUUGUCCCAGCACUGAGGAAGAUGCAGGGAAUCCUGGAUCCUCGUCCCACUAUCAUAAAAGCCAGGUUAUCAUGUGAUGUGAAAUUGGACCCUCGUCCAGAAUACCAUCGGUGCAUACUGACUUGGCAUCACCAAGAACCACUGCCUUGGGCACAAAGUACAGGGAAUCAGAUGAGCAGUCGUCUGAUGAGUAUGCGCAGUGCCAAUGGACUGUUGAUGCUACCUCCAAAGACAGAGCAGUAUGUGGAACUUCAUAAGGGCGAGGUGGUCGAUGUCAUGGUCAUUGGAAGACUAUGAUGUCACCAGCAAGAGAGAAGUUUUGAUGCAUGUCCACAUAUCAUUGACUGUAUCCUGUAAUAUGCAACGGCACAGCUAGUUUUUCUGAUUUGGAUAAAAGUUGAUCAGUAUAGUCAACACCUCGAACUAUAUUUCAAAUGGAUUUAAAUAAAUACCUUUUAAAAAAAACUUUAAAAACAAAUCUUAAAGAAAUCUAUUCUGAUUAUAUCAAAGCAACUUUUUCCUUUCUUGCAAUUGCUUUGUGUGUUCAAUGCUAGUUCUGAUAGCGGUAGCUUUUAGUAGACAGCGGUAGGUGCCUGCAGAACUUGUGUUUUUUCUCAUCUUUAAGAUACAACUACUUAUGCUCUUAAAACAAGGCUGUCUGCUUAUUUAUACUAGUGUAGACAACACUUGGAUUUCCCUUAUUAGUAUGCUUCAUAACCGCUUCACAGAGAGCUUCUGCUUGUUCUUUAUCGUAUCUCGUGUUUAUGUGCACAGUGCCAAAAGCAGAGUGGCUGCAUUGGGAACCCGAUCAAGCCCCGAGGUUUUCCUCCCUUGCUGCGCGUUCAGGGAUAUCUGUCAUCCCAGCAGCCACCCAGCUCAGUACUAUUGGGCAGUAACUGGAUACCUUUUGUUUAAACAAACAACAAAAAUUGCUUCCUUAAGUGCUGACAGCCUUUUUAACCAAUACAUUUAAAAAUGUACAGAAUUAAAAUCUAAAAAAAAUCAAAGACUGAUCUUGUACAGAUAUUAGUGUUACCAGCAUUCAUGUGGAAAUUAAAUGAAAAAAGAAAUAAAACUAAUGUUAAACAACUCUGUACCAUAACAUUUUCUGUAAUGAUACUGAAACUUAAAUGAAUAAAAAAAAUUCCUGGAUCAUUAGUUAAAA